AGUCCACAACACACCCAUCUCUCAAAUGCCAGUUCCCAAAGCGAGUAACUGCAGUUACGCUCUUCAUCCCUCCCAGGCAACACCAUGGACCUCAACUUGGCUGCAGCUGCAGAUCCUAAAAAAUGUCAAGAGGCUGCAAAAAAGCCUUGUCAUGCUGGAGAAGUGAAACACGAUCAUAAGCAUGGAUCCCAUGGACAUGGAGGACAUGGAAGUGAACACUGCAAGGGCCAUAAGGGUGGCCACGGACACUCUAGCAGUGAUUCCAGCAGCUCAAGCAGCUCCAGUGGAAGUGAAUGUGAGGGAAAGCCCCAUGGAGAAGGCCACUCACAUAAGAAGAAGGAAAAGAAGCAGAACAAAGAGAAAAAGCCAAAAGACAAGAAAGAAAAAAAGGAACAUAAAGAUACAAAGCACUAAACUUAGGCAAAACAUUUAAUUGGGCACUAAAACCAAAAUACAAGUUGAUUUAUAUAAAAUAACUUCUUUUAACAUCUACAAAUAUACAUGCGCAUGUUAGAUAUUUGGGAAGAAGCAUUUUUCAAUAUGCACCAGUUAUUCUGCAAAUGAGGUGUUUAUCUUUAAGUUUACUUUUACUAUGUCAUAGAUGGACAUAUCCUAAACAAAUUCUAAUUGGUCCACAUCAUCUGUAUGGUUUUGGAGUUAUUAGGCCUCUUUUUCUGCCUGUUUCUAAAAAUCUAGAUGUAGGGGGGGGGGGGGGGUCACUGAACUCAGCAACCCAGAAUUGGCUGUGAGGAUUUAAAUGUAUUGAUAAUAAUUGCAAUGUAUCUUAUCAAAUAUAGGUAACUGCAGGGAUUUUUUGUCAGGAGUGGAAACAUGUAUAUGUAUGUAUGUAUGUAUGUACAGUAUAUAGAAUUGUGAAUUAUACAAACCACCUUGUCAUAUCAACACGAGUUAUAUUUAAUGGCCAUUUAAUUUUCCCCAGGGUGUAUUACAUUACUUUGCAUUCACCUUUUCUUUUUAGAUAUUUUCAUGAUCUGGCAUACUCCAGCUAUGUUCAGCAUGAAACACUGUUGUUACAUUGGAUUUACCAUCAUCAUAUAUUUAAGUGUAAUCCAGUCUUUCGCCAGAAUGAAGCCUAAUUAUACUGAACAAGGGUUCUGUCUCACCUGGUGUAGUUAAUAGAUACUUUCUGUUAUAUAUUGGGCCCUUAGAUCAAAAGGUCUACUGUGCUAAAAAGCUUCUAACUCUUAUUUUUGCAUCUAAUAAACUAUAUAUAUAAAUCA